GGCCUGUAAACUUUCCCGGCUUCCGCACUGGAGUCCUAAAACCGCUGGAAGUCCGAGAGCAUGGAGGCGGCGUGCUCACCCCCGACGGCGGGGAAGUUCGUGGUGGUCGGGGGUGGCAUCGCGGGUGUCACCUGUGCGGAGCAGCUGAUUGAAACCCGCUUCCGCACGGCUGCCCAAGUCCUGAGUGCAUCAUAACUGAAUGAUAAAGAAACGCUUACUUGGCGAUUCACCUUCCAUCAGAAGAUAUUCUCCUGAUCACAGCUUCUCCUGUUAUUAAAGCAGUUACAAAUUUCAAGCUGUCUUAGAUCUAAGAGGAAAACUGAAAGAGCAGUAGCCCUAAAGCCAAGGAAGACAAAAGUUUCAACUAAGAGGAGUGGUCAGUUGUGUCAGAUCCUGUGGAACGGUCAGGUUUCUAAAGUGUUGGAAGAAUUUGAUGUUGAAGAACAACCAAGUACCAUGUUAGAAAAUCGCUUUCCCAACAUUAAGGUUAUAGAAUCUGGAGUAAAGCAACUGAACAGCAAAGAACAUUGCAUUUUAACUGAAGAUGGCAAUCAGCAUAUUUAUAAGAAGCUCUGUUUGUGUGCUGGAGCUAAACCAAAGUUGAUAUGUGAAGAAAAUCCUUACGUGUUAGGAAUCCGUGAUACAGACAGUGCUCAGGAAUUUCAGAAACAGCUUACAAAAGCUAAGAGAAUAAUGAUCAUAGGGAACGGUGGUAUUGCACUUGAAUUAGUGUAUGAAAUUGAAGGCUGUGAAGUAAUUUGGGCCAUUAAAGAUAAAGCUAUUGGGAAUACUUUCUUCGAUGCAGGAGCAGCUGAAUUCUUGACUUCAAAGCUCAUUGCUGAAAAACCAGAGGCUAAAAUUGCACAAAAAAGAACCAGAUAUACAACUGAAGGAAGGAAAAAGGAAGCAGAAACCAAAGCUAAUGCUGGUAAUAUAGGCAGUGCCUUGGGACCUGAUUGGCAUGAAGGGUUGGAUCUUAAAGGAACAAAAGAGUUUUCUCAUAAAAUUCACAUUGAAACUAUGUGUGAAGUAAAGAAAAUCUAUCUUCAGGAAGAAUUUAGAAUUUCUAAGAAAAAGGCCUUGACUUUUCCAAGAGACCAUCAUAAUCAGUUAGUUAUAGCUGACAAAGAGAUAUGGCCUGUAUAUGUGGAAUUGACCAAUGAAAAGAUAUAUGGCUGUGAUUUCAUUGUCAGUGCUACAGGAGUUACACCAAACACAGAACCUUUUCUCUGUGGCAACAAUUUUGAUGUAGGGAAAGACGGUGGCCUGAAGGUGGAUGAUCACAUGCGCACGUCCCUUCCUGACAUCUAUGCUGCAGGUGACAUCUGCACGGUCUCCUGGCAGCCCAGCCCAGUCUGGCAGCAGAUGAGGCUGUGGACCCAGGCUAGACAGAUGGGAUGGUAUGCAGCCAAGUGCAUGGCCGCAGCUAGUGUAGGCGAGUCUACUGACAUGGAUUUCAGCUUUGAACUUUUCGCUCACGUAACAAAAUUUUUUAACUAUAAGGUUGUAUUGCUGGGAAAAUACAAUGCACAGGGCUUAGGUUUAGAUCAUGAAUUAAUACUGAGGUGUACCAAAGGACAAGAGUACAUCAAAGCCGUCCUGCAGAAUGGGCGAAUGAUGGGAGCGGUCUUAAUUGGUGAAACUGAUUUAGAAGAAACAUUUGAAAACUUAAUUUUAAACCAGAUGAAUCUUUCAGCAUAUGGAGAAGAUCUACUAGAUCCAAAUAUUGAUAUAGAAGAUUAUUUUGACUAAAAAGGGCAUUUCAAGGGCUACAUCGAGUUCCAAAUAAGACAAAAAAGUCACAUGCCAAUAAAGUAAAUUGACUGCACUGAUUUAAUGAUGACCAUCUGAAGUUAAAAAUACAGAAAUACGAAGAUUUUAAAAAUAAAUAAAAUUCUAAAGAUGAAA